GUGAUCACAAGAGAAACGGAAUCCAUCUGACCUGACUGACCGCGCACGCACGGUGCGGCCGGGCUCGCCGAGCACAUCAGCGAAGCUUAGCAGCCAGGAAAUGGACGCGACAGCAGAAGCUAGUAGUGGAGGAAAAGGUGACCGGCCGGAGAAGAAGGUGCCGUUGCUGGACAUGUUCAGGUACGCCGACCGCCUCGACGUGCUGCUCAUGGCGGUCGGCUCGCUGGGGGCGGUGGCGAAUGGCGUGUCGGAGCCCCUCAUAUCCAUCCUCUUUGGAGACGUCAUCAACUCCUUCGGCCAGAGCACGACCAGCACCGUCCUCCGCGCUGUCACCAAGGUGAACGCUACGGUGAUCACUCCCUUAAUUUGAAGAGUGGCAAGACGAUUUAACAGAGAAUUAAUGUUCUUUCGAUCUCCAGGUUUGUCUCAACUUCAUAUAUCUGGGCGUUGCGGCAGCAGUGGCUUCUUUCCUUCGUAAGUGGAAUCUCCAUCCAAUAUAUUC